GGCGUGGCCUCAGGUUUCCACCAUGUGGUCACCAAUGACCUUUCAGCACAAAGACUCCUCCACAUCAAGGGCCGGCGGGUCGUCAGGGCCACUCAGGUCCCUCUCAGCUGGUCCAGCUUCAACAGUGGAGACUGCUUCAUCGUCGACCUCGGCGACAAGAUCUAUCAGUGGUGCGGAUCCAAGUGUAACAAGUUUGAGCGACUGAAGGCAGCACAAGUGGCCAGAGGAAUCCGUGAUAACGAGCGAAAUGCCCGAGCCGAACUGGUGGUUGUAGAAGAAGGAUGUGAACUAUCGCAGUUAACUGAUGUCCUUGGAGUGAAACCAGAGCUGACAGAGGGAGAUGAUGAUGAUGAUACAGUGGCAGACUUGUCCAACAGGAAAAUGGCUAAACUAUACAUGGUAUCUGAUGCGUCAGGGUCCAUGAAAGUGACUGUUGCGAAGGAGGAAAACCCAUUCCUCCAGAGUGACCUGCUCUCAGAUGAGUGCUUCAUCCUGGAUCAUGGCAAAAACAAGAUGAUAUUUGUAUGGAAAGGGCAAAAAGCCAACCCCAGUGAAAGAAAGGAAGCCAUGAAAACAGCGGAAAGAUUCAUCAAACAGAUGGGCUACCCAGCAAACACACAGAUCCAGGUGUUGCCAGAGGGAGGAGAGACUCCCAUGUUCAAGCAGUUCUUCGUUGGCUGGAAGGACAAAGACCAGAGCGAGGGUUUAGGGAAGGUGUUUGUCACUGAGAGGAUUGCGAGGAUCCAGCAGGUGAAGUUUGAUGCCUCCAAGCUCCAUGAGUCCCAACACAUGGCAGCCCAGUACAACAUGGUGGAUGAUGGGAGUGGAGACACACAGAUCUGGAGGGUGGAGAGCAUCGGCAGAGUUCCUGUUGACCCAAAGACCUACGGGCAGUUCUACGGUGGGGACUGUUAUAUCAUCCUGUACACUUACGGGAAAAGACAGAUCAUCUACACCUGGCAAGGAGCCAGCUGCUCUUUGGAUGAGCUGACAGCCUCGGCCUUCCUGACUGUACAACUGGAUCGUUCACUGGCCUGGGACCCCUCUCACUGGGAUUGAAGAAGCAUGAAGUCCAUGCGUAUUUAGCUUAUAUAAAUAUAUAUCAGGAAAAAAAUAUACAUUUAAUCACCUUGAUUGUGUUUCCUGGAACAUUUUUUAAUUGAAAAUUGUGCUUUUCUGUUUGUUUUGUAUCUGAAAUACUGUAUCUAUUCAUAUGUUGACAGUGGUUCCCAAACUGUCAAAGUUUGGUGUUCGAAUGGGGGAAAGAAAGUUUGGGCAGGGGCGGAUGUAGAGAAAUAUUUACAAGGUGUCCAGAGGAUGUCAUAAGUGUUGUG